UCACAGAGCUGGUCGCCACAAUGACAUCGCCAGCGCCUGAAGAUGCUAUGACCGCCACUAAUACCACCUACUCCAUAGCUGUUCGAACAAGUGCUGUCGAAAACGCGGACACCAAAGCUUUUGUAUUCGUUCAGCUGGUUGACGAGGCUGGAAAUAAAACCGAUCGCGUAAAGCUGAAGUGCUCAUUAACACACAGAGUAAAAUAUCAAAGAGGUCAUUCGGAUCUCUUCCUGCUCCUCGAUCAGCCCAUUCUCGGACGUUUGAAGAAGAUUGAAAUCAUGCAUGUGCCCAAGGAAGAAGCUGAUGAAGCUCGCAUACAAUGGCACUGUCACUCAAUUAUGGUGCUGGAACAUGAGAAUUUUUUGCUGUACAGGUGA